CUUGCAAAAUAAUUCGUGUCUCUUUCUAUCAGAUCUCCAUUUGAACAAAUCGAUCAAAGAUCUUGUUCUUCUUUCAUGAUCUAAUCUUAUUUGUAAAUUUCUCUUUCUAGGUUUAUCUGAGUUCGUUGUUUCAUGGUCUCAUUCGAAAUGGACGACCGUAAAAAGAUUGGAAUAGGAUUGACUGCAUUCGGUGUAAUGUUUUCAACUUUGGGUAUAAUAUGCUUAUUUGACAAAGGCUUACUCGCUAUAGGAAAUAUCCUAUUCUUAUCAGGGGUGGCUUUAACCAUUGGAUUCAAGUCUUCUUUGCAGUUUUUCUUAAGACCGGCUAAUUACAAGGGCACACUUUCCUUUGGUUUGGGUUUCUUUUUAGUUGUCAUAGGUUGGCCAGUAUUUGGUAUGAUUCUAGAAGCAUAUGGCUUCAUUGUGCUCUUCAGUGGUUUCUGGCCAACAUUGUCUGUGUUUCUGCACAAGAUCCCAAUUCUUGGAUGGUUAUUCCAGCAACCAUUUAUUAGAUCGGUAAUAGAUCGGUAUAGAGGAAAACGAGUCCCUGUAUAACUUUUAGACACAAAAGAGGGAAAGCCGACUUGAUUAAACCUUCGGGCCAUCACACAUUGCAGCUCAGAAGAACAUUGUGAUCGAUCAUGGCCUAUUUUUGGUGUUUCUUUCAUCUGUUCUACUUCUUCUGAAGAAAGAACAAGCAUUUUGAAUGACAUUCAUCCUAUGAUGACCUUAUUUGUCAGAUUUCAUAUGGAUACAAAUAUGUUUGGAAAUUGAACUUAAUCUGACACAAGAUACAUAAAUUGUUGUUUCUUAA